CCGUCUGCUUGGGCAGAGGACGCAGAGGAAGGCUGCCAGCCUUGUGGCCCCUGGAGGUUCAACCAGCUGCGAGGAGAGAGGUGACAUCCAGAGUGGCCUGGCUUUCCUCCGCUGCACGUUCCCCCUGGGGCUCCAGGGGCUCAGGGAGCCGGCCAUGCUCUUGUGCUCCCUGGAGAACGGACCUGACCUCUGGUGGCCCCUUGCAGGCCCCCUCCCCCACCAUCUUCCACUGUGUGAAGGAUGAUGACAAAAUGACAAAAACAUUCUCAAGGAAACGAGCCGCUCUGCUCGCUCACGGAGGCCACUGCUCAUAAAAUAAUGGUGCACCUUGGCAAACUGGAGUCACUGAAAGGUGGUGUUGAAAACGGCUCUAGAUCCCAUGCAGCCUGUGUAGACUCAUGUGGCAGGGAAGGACCCCAUGAAGGGCUCAGCUGCCUGCUGAACGACAGUGGUUCUUAUGCUCUCUGGAGGCUACGUCCUAUAAGCAUUUUCCUCUGAGACGUGUACUAUUCACAUCAUCGUCACUUCUUUCAGCUGUUCACGUGUAAUAUCAAUCAAUCCUUCAAGGUUUCAGCCACAGCACUCUCCCCACCCACCCUCUUCCUGCUCACUACCUCAUAAGUUUAGCUUUGGUGUCAUUGUCACUUGUAGUUUUUCUUCCAUAAAGCCCAGCCUCCAUCCUGUCUGCAGACUUCUCCCACCCUAUUUAUUCUCUUCCUGAAUCCAUCACUCUUGCUGCCUGCUCCUGCCUCCAGCCCUUCACCCUGGCCUAGCUCACUUCCAGGGCUGGUGACAAAACUGUUUCCUCCCCUGCAGGCCCACCCUGCUGAAUUCCUCCGCAAGGGCUGUCACCUUUUGGAGCAUUUCCUGUGACUUCUAUUUUUUUCUCUUUUUGCCCCUUAAUCUGUUUUUCUCUGCUUCUCUCCCCCACCCACACACAGCUGGAAUGCCUCCUCUGUUUUCUUACCCUACUUCCUCUUGAAAUCCCCUGGCACCCAUCCCCCAUCCUUUGCUGUCUGCCCUAAACCAAUCCCAUAAUUCCCCUGACUGGUUGGUGCUAUGGGUUCUGGGGUUAGCUGGGAUCCAUUUAGCACUAAUGAUUUGCCCCCCCCAAUCUCUAUGCUCACCAAGACCACCUACUACAGCUUGACAGCCGGCCCCUGAGCUCCUGUGUGGUCCUGUCCACAUCCCACGGCACCCAGGUGACUGAGGAAAGCGGAACAUCAGAGCCUUCUCCAAUCUGCUCUGCCCAACAUACCUUGAUGAGGCUCUGUCCUGAGUGGGAGUGGGGUGAGGGGAGUCCAAAAGGAGGUCUCCUUCAAACUUAGUCAUGGGCCUUCGCUGGACAAAAGCCCUCUGCUUUGGGAGUGUCUCUCGCCUUAUCCAGAUUUCCCCCAAAACCAGUAAUCCCCCACUAGGCUCCAAGCCGGGAUUAGAGAAUGCAAAGCUGGGAACCAGACCCAACUUGCUUCCCUCCAGCUCUUCACCCUUCUUUGCCUUUUCUCCUCAACAAUCCUUUGCACCCAGAAGGGUGAGGCCCCCCCGUCCCUUCAUAACCUUCUCUUGCUGUCCUCAUCAACCGCCGCCCACCCCCCUGCCCGAGUGUUUAUGAGGGAAGGCCGUCUUCCCUCUACUGUGAGGGGGAUUCGCAAUCAUGUGGCAUGUCUUGUUCAUGAUACCGCAAGGCGGAGCUAAGUAGACUCAGAGCGCCCUUUGUGUGGGCCAGGCCUGAUAUCCUACCUAGCUGGUCUCAUUGAAGAGGUCAGGUCCUCUUCCACUCAUGUUUAGGGAGAGGAACCUCAUGAUUGUCAAAGGAGGAAAGCAAUGAGGGAAAAACAGAUAUAUGCAACUUUACGUAUCAGCUGACCGUCCAUCUUUAUUGCACAUCUGAGAACUCGUGUUAUAUUCUCUCCCCCUCCUAUCAUCACUGGCAUGUAGGAAUGCAACAGUUGUCCCCUAUGUGAGGACCUGGCAGAGGCCUCAGAGCCACACCCCCUUCCUCCUUCUGCCCCAGCUUUGGAAUCUGGGAAAGGCAGGACACUCAGUGGUGCUGCUCCCUGGCAGAUUCUUGCCCCUUUCUAUUUCAAGUGACAGAAAUCCCCACUUAAAUCUAUUAAGCUAGAGAGAUUGCUGGCUUCUGUAAUUAAAGAGCCCAGCUUUCCAGUUUGGGUUCUGGUUUAGGCCUUACUGCAUCCAGGGGCUCAACUAGGUCAUCAGGACUCCCUUCCUCACCCUUCAUGGUGGUGUCUUUUUCUAGCUCUAUGGGGCAACCCCUGGCAAUGCCAGCUCAUCUUGGCCUCACUGCCAGUAGGGCCAGUGACAGAAAGAGGCCACCUGGUCCUCAGAAACUGCCCAGACCCCACAGUGAAGGCAGAUGGACAAGGUGGCCAACUGUCCCAGUGAGCUGGGAACAGGCCGUGCUGGGGAGGGUUGGGUCCCUGCAUUAGGACUUUCAGUGCGAAAACUGGGGCAGUCCCGAGUCCAUUGGGAUGGUUGGCCUGCAAUGACACCUGCUUCUUACUUCUCCUCUGUUUUGCCUCUUUCUGUUACUGGCCUCUUCUUCUUUGUUUACUUGUUCUUGGAUCUAACUAGGAACACCUGAGUUUGCUUGCCAGGUGUUAGCCUUGCAGACUUCAGUGGAGAAGGGCUUGUGGUGCUGCUGUUGAGGUACCGGGGGCCAGAGCUGAUCUUAUUGGGCCUGUGCUGUUCGUCCUUCCAGGGGCAUUUAUCAGCCCCCUUAAUAAAGUGGUGUCAGAUGCACUCAUGUGUAGUGCGCCUGCUCCUGCAGAGAGGGUAGCCCUUUUCACAGCUCCUUCACCCCUGCCUCCAAAACUGUUCCUCACUCGGCUAUCCCAUUUGGUGAGUAGUGAAUGCCACCUUGCACCCAGGUCUGAAGCUUGAAACCUGAGAACCAUGCUAUAUAAUAUCCUCCCAGACAGUAAGCCCCCCAUCGGUUGGUCACCCACUCCUGCUGGCCCCUUCUUCUCAGCCUCUGCUGAAUCUGUCCCUUGGUCUUUGUUCCACUGCAGUUGUCCUCAUUUACCAACAAAUUUCCCACUCUCUCAGGCUCCAACCUUCUUACCAUUGCCAGAGGGGACUUCUGAAAUAUCAGGAUGGCAUCCAUCUAAGGCCCUUCCCAAAUGCCCAAGCUUUCUGCCUUCACCGCACGUUUGCACAUACUCCCUGACCCUGAACACCCUGCCCAGAGCAAGGAUGGCGAAUGUUUGGCACCUGUGCGACCCUUCUCUGCCCUGACGUUACGACAGCAUUUCUAGCUGAUCACAGCAUGCAGGAAGCCUGGGCACUUUUCCCUCCCAUCCUCCCAACCCACCGCAGCCUAUCACAUUUGGCACCAAGGCCAUACCUGGUUGCCAUGCCAGUCCUCACUUCUUUCUUCUCUGGCUAAUCCCUAAAUUGUCCUUUAGGCCUCUGCUCAGGAGGCUCCGUGUCACCUCCUCCAGGAAGCCUUCCCUUACUUGCCAUUUUUCUUAACCUUCUUUCAGUCAUGUCCUCUGUGUAAUCUAUACUAUCUCUAUCUCUGUCUCCAUCUAUCUCUAUCUCUAUUUAUCUAUCUAUCUAUCAUCUAGAUAUAUCUCAGAACAUUUCUUGUACUAGAUUUAGUAAUGUACCUACUUGCCACACUAGAACGUGACGUUUUUAAAGAUGGGUGCUAUAUCUCAGUAAUCUUUGUAUUUCCAGGACCCAGCAUAGAGCCUGGUACACAAUAGCUGCUCAGAAAUCUUUGUUGGGUACACAAAUGAGUGAAUGAAUGCGUGAUUGAGUGAAUGAACAACCUGGUUGGACAAGGGUGUUUUGAAGGUGAAAGAAUCAAAAGUUCAUUAAAGCCUCUUUAAAAAAAAAAAUUGAUUUGCUUCUCCCUUCCCGAAGCUGCAAGAGGAGGCCAUAGUUCUCAGUGACUUGCCAUGGGGAUGACGUUGAACCUGUUUAUGUCUGUUGAUGAGACUGAAGAGCAAGCAGCCGCCUCAUCUUCCUGCAAGGAUCGAGAUACUGCGCACCCCUUGAAGGCCUUGGAGCACAGGAAGUGUCCGGGUGAAAACUGGGUUUCAGGACAAUUUGGCCGGCAGGUGCACAGCACAGAGCAUCACGUGGUAACCUGGACAGGGAGAGUCUGCGGCAAGAGUCCCGGGUCAGGCAGCGGACUCCACUGUGGUGAGAAUAGGAACAAACAGUUGGACGAAUGGCCUUGACCCAACCACGGUUGGCCUGAGCCCCCGGGCCCCAUGUCAGCGGGCUGUGGUACUCACCCGUACAGUUCAUGACACAUCUUCCAAAGACUUUGGAGGGAUGUCAGGAGAUACGAAAGCAAACAUCACCAUAUAAUGGAGAAAACACGUGGCAUCCUCUUCGGGUUGCCAGUGGUCCCUGAGGGGUUUGGGACUGAGGGAUCUGCUCCAAUCCUCUUGCCUGGCAGCAGGAUAAGAGUCCUGAGACCUGGGCAUCCUCACGGCCACACAUGAGACUUUGCACUAAGAUAGUGGGCAAGGUGCCCAGGCCUCCUGACUGCUUCUGUGCUACGCAGUCUUCAUUUUAUUUACCUGCUUCUUUAGGAGAUAAACCCCAAGGUGUUCAAAGGAGGUUAGCAUGGUAGAAGAGCCUUAAGAGGAAGGAAAGGAAUCAAGAGGUACUGGUGCUCUGUGCCAGGUGCUCUGUACGCGUAAAUGCAUUUACUCACGAUAACGGCUCUGCAGAGUGAACACGGCUGCGUUUUACAGCUGCCUGGGCCUCCACGCCAUGAACAAUACCCUGAGGGAUAUCCAGGCCCCAAGCUACCGCGAGUGCCUUCUGCCUUCCAUGGCCCGGACCCCUUCUGUCACUCAGGUCACGCCAGCCAAGAAGAUAACUUUCCUUAAGCGAGGGGAUCCCCGGUUUUCCGGGGUGCGCCUGGCUGUCCACCAGCGCACCUUCAAGAGCUUCAGCACGCUAAUGGAUGAGCUCUCCCAGCGCGUGCCUCUCUCCUUCGGGGUGCGUUCUGUCACCACACCCCGGGGUCUGCAUGGCCUCAGUGCCCUGGAGCAGCUGGAAGAUGGUGGUUGCUACCUCUGCUCUGAUAAGAAGCCUCCCAAGACCUCCGAUGGGCCGCGCCAGCCACAGGGGAGAAGCCCUGCUGCUCAGCAGCCUCGGGAUGUUGAAGGCCAAUGUGAGGCACCAGGAACGUCCUCCUCCCAGAGGGGUCCUAAGGCCCCAAGGAGGAUAAUGCUCGUUAAGAAUGGGGACCCUCGAUUCCAGCAGACAGUGGUUCUCAGUCAUAAAAACACAAAGAGCCUGACAGCCUUUCUCAGCAAAGCCUCAGACCUUCUGCUCUUUCCUGUGAAGCAGGUGUACACAGCCAGUGGGAAAAAGGUGGACUCUCUGAAGGCUUUACUGCGCAGUCCCUCGGUGCUGGUGUGUGCUGGUCACGAGUCCUUCAGACCUGCGACAAUGGAAAGUGCCAGAAAAAAUGGGACUGCAACAUCAUUGGGGCAGACUUCAAGGAACAAAAAUGGGAGCUGGGGGCCAAAGGCCCAGCCGAGCGUGAUCCACUCGAGGCCCAGGUCGGGCAGCAGGCCGCGGCGGUUUUCCUUACUGUCAGAGAGGUCUGGUCUCAGCGACCCCUUGGUGUCCCUGCAUCGUGCCUGGAUGGGCCCUGCUCCUGACAGCCCCCCUCAGGACACACCUGCCCAGCUUGGCCCACUGGUGGCCGGUGAUGACGUUGAAAAGAAGGUCCGCAUGAACGAGGACGGCAGUCUGUCUGUGGAGAUGAAAAUCCGCUUCCACCUACUGGGCGAUGACACGCUCCUGUGGUCCAGGAGGGUCGGGAGGGCUAGCGCCCUCAUGGCAGCCAGUGGGGACGGCCCUAUUCUGGCGGAGGCGGACCCCCUCCACUGUGUGUGGGAGGGCCACCCUGGGGGCCCCUCAGAGCCUGGGGCACAGGGACAGAAGCCAUGUGAAACAGGAUGCAAGGAAGCCUUUGAACGAGGCCAGUGGCAGCCAGGGUCCAGAUAUGAGAUCUGGACGAACCCCCUAUACGCAGCCCAGAAAGAGGCAACGGCUUCUCAUGGGAGGUCUGAGCUGACCCAGCCCUCCCACGCCAGGGGCGCCUGGAGCCAAAGGGUUGCAAGCAGGAAAAGAAACAGCAAGGAGAGCGUCAGCCCUGCCUCCAGUGACAGACCCCACGAAGGCUCUGAGCCAAACUCCUCCCGCUGCUCCAGGUCCCGGGAGGGCAGUGUGGGCAGCCGUGACCUAUCUCUGGCCUCCGGGGCCACCUCCCAGAGAAGAGCAGGGCGGGAAGCUGGAGGCACGCCCCGGGCUGGUGAGGGCCUCAGUCCAGAGGCAGCGGGGCAGGGCAGCGGGAAGCACUGCUGCCUGAAACCCAGGACCCCAGGCGUGGCAGGGACGCAUUCUGACUCUUCCUCAAGUGCCAGGUGUCGUGAGGAGUCCGGUGAAAGUGGUAAGUGGCACCAGGGCCAUGCAAGCAAGGCGAGGGCUGUGACUUCCUCAUGGAAGGCCGCCCGGAGGGAAGGCCCCGGGUACCCCGCCAUGAGUCCCUCAUCCUUGAGGAACAAGGACCCACCGGCAAAGGAAAGUGGAAAGGACACCGGACACCCCCAGGCUAGGGGUGGGUCUGGGACCAGGUUGCCCCUGGCAGCGGGCCGUUUUGGCUCUGGGGACCCUGCAGGAGGCUGUUCCCCACCUUUGGCCUGCACCUCAGCCACAGGUGGGAGGAGAAUGCAGGAGAGCAGAGCCAGAGCUGUGUCCCCACCCAGCAUUUCUGGCCACAGCCGAGGGUCCUGGAGAGGCUGCCCCAGGCAGCACCACAACCGAAGGGACACGCACUGUCUGCUCCACUCACCUGCAUCCAGGCAAAUACCAGGGCCUCCCAGUAUACCCAGGGCUUGCCCAGUACCACGCCUUUCUGGAAGCUCACCUAACAUCAGGAACCAGGCCUCCUGGGACCCAGAGCCACCUUCUUCUGCCUCUUUUCAUUCCCAGGGUGCACAAGGGGUCAGCAGAGCCCCCACUACACCUGUGAGCAAUUCAGACUACGCUUCCAGUUUCUACCCCCCAUAUUCUCCCUCUGCUGAUACGGAAGGGGACCCUGAGUUCAGGGGACACUCACCAGCUCCCACACCUUCCAGCUCUUUCAGGUCCCAAGCUGAUGGUCCAGGCAAAAAUGCGAGGGGUGACAUCCCCAAAUCUCCCUGGCCCUUGGUUCUGCCAGUUGGACAGCAUGAGGGGGGAAAGCCAGGAGCCCACCAAGGGGGCUACUGCUCACAGAUGGGCACAUCCCCGGUUCACAGGACCCUGGGUGGUAAGACUCAGGCCCUGCAGGUCUCCCAGCCUCAGGGAAGCCAGGGACCCUUCUCUGAGGCCUGCUCGGUGUGCAGCAGGUACUGUCCCACUCCCCCCAGGGCACAGUCCUCUGCCAAGAAACACCCAUCGUGCCACAGCAGCCAUAGUGCUGACAGGGGACCACAGGGGAUCGAGCCAGGGGAGGAAAAGCUGGACUCACAGCGACCACAGCCCCCCGGCUCUCAGUCAGAGGCCAGGGGGAUGGUAACCAGAGCCCCAAGAAGGAGCAGCCCUAGCCAAGGUCCCAGGCCUGGAAGAAUGUUUCAGGGACAGGUCACUGGUGCAGGGGAAGGUCCGGAGGAGGAACAAGACGAUGGAAGCAUGACUCCAAGCGCUCUGCCCCAAGCCUCGCCAGAGGCUGUGAUCUGUGAAUGGCUGAGCAACAUCCCGGAGGAGCCCGUGCCCAUGAAACAUGAGAUGGUGAACGACAGCGUGGAUGGACCUGAGGACGGCCAGGAAGGUCCCAUGGAGGCCCCUGUUGAGAAACAUGCCUUGGAAGGCGUGGAGGAGCGAAUCCAGCCCAGACAACCGUCCAUGGAAGGGGCCACCAGUGAGAAAGCAGAAUCAGAUGGAACCUUCCCUGUGACGGGUGACGCUGGCCCCCAGCCAGGAGAGGGUCUUUCUCACAGUGGAGUUUCAGAAACCCCCAAGGAGGCUGGAGCAAGCCAAGGGACGGCUGAGGGCUGUGGCGUGGGACAGUGUGUGCUCCCCUGCCGGGUCUCUGCCUCCAUACAGAUCAUGAAGGUGCUGACGGGCUGUAAGCAGGGCCGGCCCAGCAGCCUGCCCGAAGUGUCCGGCCCCGCGGCCAGGAGGCUCAGCCACGCCGCCCAGGCCCUCAUCACCUGUCUCGCCAGGCACCACUUUUUCGAUGAAGACCUUGGGUCUCCCCCCAACAAAGUGAGGUUUACAGACACUCCUCGGUACCAGGAGCUCCGGAGCACCUUCCAGGCCCUGUGGCCAGGGUGUGGCCUCAGGCGAGGUGAGCUGGUCUCGGACCUCCGGGAACUUGAUGGCUGCCAGGCUCUGCUGGGCCUCAGGUCUCACGCGGUGGCUGAGGACUUCACACCAACGUCCUCAUCUGGCGUGGAUGUCGGCAGUGGCUCUGGAGGCUCGGGGGAGGGCAGCGGGCCCUGUGCUGUGGACAGCACCCUAGUCCCUGAGAGGAUGGAGCUGCCCUUGGAAAUCCCCUACCAGAGGCCUGAUUCCAGAACCUCAGAGAAGCCAGUGGGUCUGGGAAACCAACAGCCUAGUGGUUCCAUGGCCUCCUCGGGUUCCCAAGCAUGGGCUGGCGCCACCGGGAAGGAUGGGGCAGAAGGAAGCGGCAGGGAGCAGCUGUUGGGCAGUAACCUGGACCGAGUAGUUGCAAACACGAUGCAAGAAGAGGGGGUGCAAACAGAGAAAAUAAAAGAAGAAAAAGAAAGAGCAGAACUUCAAGGACAGUUCAGUGGAUUUCCAGGAGAGGGAAGAGACAUAGGGCAAGAACGGUCAGGGACUGGCUCUCAAAAUAGGGAAGAUGAGCGUGUGCAGGGAGAGGAGACAGAAAGGGAUCCUGCCUCCACCAUGCUGCACCCUCCAGGGAGGAGAGAGAAAUGGACAGACACCCUUGGGAGCCUCAGGGGGAAGGACUCAAAUGCCAGUGGGUCCUUCGCUGAGCCCAAUUUGGAGAAGCUGCCCAUGGAAGCUGAAAUAAACCAUGAACAAACCCCAGCCCAGUUCACCCUGGGGGCUGGGAAGAAGGGCACUGCUGUGGCCCACAGAGCAUCUCUGGACCCUGACCCGCUCUGGGUGUCCCAGUUACUGAGGAAGAUGGAGAAGACUUUCAUGGUCCACCUGGGCAGUGCCACGGCUGAGCUCCAAGCCCGCUGGAGCCUGCAGAGCAACGACCUGCUGGACCAGAUGGUGGCUGAGCUGCAGCAGGAUGUGGGCCGGCGACUUCGAGACAGCACAGAGAAAGAGCUCCAGAAGAUCCAGAGCCGGGCAGCGGGGGAGGCGCCGGGGUCCCCUAGAACAGCCCUCAGAUGGGAGAUGUCCCUGCAGACCAAGAAGCAUAGGCGUCACCUCCAGGGCCUGCACAACCUCUCAGCCUUCUCGGACCAGAUCCGGGUCCAGAGCCCCCACUCCUUCUCCCUGGAAGACGUGCCUACUCUCAGUGGAGUCCUGGAGACCCGGCCAGGUGGGAAGGCUGAAGGGGAGGAGUUCUGUCCCUGUGAUACCUGCGUGAGGAAGAAAGUGACCCCUGUGUCUUCGAAGGACACAAUGGGCAUAGCCAGUGCACCCAUCAAAGAGGCCUUUGACCUGCAACAAAUUCUGCAGAAGAAGAACGGAGGAUGUACUAAUGGGGAGACAGCAGAGGCGGCCCCUGAGAAUACAGGAAUGGUGCCGCUUCAGAGGGACCCCUUGGGGACAGGGGCUGUCCAGGGAGGUGAUGGCGGCCUGCAGCUGGAGUUAGGCCUGGGCCCUGGGGUGGAGGAGGGGGAUGAGGGUGAGGGCAGCCAGACCGUUGGCAGAGGUGAAGAUCCUGGAAGGGGAGAGAAGGGUGUGGCUACUCAGAAGAUAGAAGGGAACGAAGAUCCCUGUGUAGACGGCCCCCCGGAGGCAGUGCAGUGGGAGAAGCACGGUGUGGGUGACAAGGAAGAGAACCUGGAGGAAGGCCCUCGGGCUGAGGACAGUGUGGAGGGUGAAGCCUUGGGAGGAAGUGACCGAGGACAGAAUGAUAGUGCUGACACCUUAGAGGCCCAGGAAACUGAAGGAGAGGGACAGCCAGAGUCCGGAGGAGGAAGUCAAGGUGAGAAAGGGAGCCCACAGGUUGGCUCCAGACAGGGCCAGACAGCUGAGGCUUCUGGACACAGCAACCCAGACCAAGAGGGGAGGCCCACACCACCCCCUGCCCCAGGUGGAGAUGCUCCCCCACAAAGGUCAGGCCCCCAAACGGUCCUUUCUGUAUGUAGCACAUCUUCUCUGGGAAACUGCUCUCAGCUCUCCCAGAAAGGUUCUGAAGAGGAGCCGUCAAAUGGAGAUAUGAGGACCACUGGAGAUGAGCCCAAGGGAGUCCCUGGUCCAGAGAGAAAAGCCACAGGCAUGUAUCCAGAAAGCUCCACUUCUGAGCAAGAAGGGGCCCCUUUGGGCUCAAGGACUCCAGAGCAAGGGACAGACGCAGGUCUGACUCCAGAGAUGGGGGCAGGCCAAGGCUCUGACUUAGAAGCCAAAAUGGCAGCUAAAAGCCUCACUUGGACAGAAAUGAGGUUCAAAAACCUCACCAUGGACAGGGCAGAUGGCUUUGGCCAAGACGAUUUAGAUUUCUAGAGAUCUAGCUGCAAAAGGGUUGUGAGACUGGAGCUGUUUUUAUUAUUUUUUAUUUAUUUUUUUUUUGAAAUAAACAUUUUUAAAAAUUAGUUUCAGCUGUACAACACAGU